GUGUCAUUUUGUUAAAAAAAUAACGCUUUGACAAUUAGCGUUAAUGAGUACGUGCAACGAAAAUAUUUACAAAUAUCUUGAUAUUUAUUAUCAAAUAUUAUUUCCAUACGAAGAGCUAUGUACUUGGUUAGGUUAUGGAGACGUCGCCACCAUAUCAUUUAGAGAAUUUUCAUUGAGACUAUUAAAUCAGUUGUUCAUUAGAAAUAAAUCUUUUCCAAUUCCUAGUCAGAUGAAGGCAACUAUUCUUAAGGAACUUCCAAUAGCAAUAAAUAUUGGAGCGAUAUACAACACGCCUCCGCGCUGCAAAAGUAUAGCAAAGUUCUUUGUCGAGAAGGAACUGGUCUUUGAUGUAGAUAUUUCUGAUUAUGACGACGUGAGGACGUGCUGCAAGGGAUCUGAUAUUUGUACAAGAUGUUGGAAGUACAUUGUUAUCGCCUGCAAAAUAUUAAAUAUAUGUUUAAGACAUGAUUUUGGUUACGAUCAUAUACUGUGGAUCUUUUCUGGAAGAAGAGGAAUACAUUGUUGGGUUUGCGAUAAAGCUGCUAGAAUAUUGAAUCAAAAUAAACGCAAUGGGAUAUUGAACUAUAUGCAACAUCAAACGUUAAAGUGUUUCAUCAAGGAGGACCAUUUCGAAAUAAGAAAGUUGAAUUAUUACGACAGGCGCGUUCUUGCGAUCAUAGAGCCUGAAUUUAUACCUUUAUGCAUCGUAGAUCAAAAUCUACUUGGUACGGAGGAGGGAGUCGAUUAUUUUCUGGCUCUACUUCCCGAUAACGAGGCACAGACAGACGUUAAGCAGUUAUUUAAUGAUCGCAUAAGCAGUAUCGAUAGGUGGAACUCAUUUACCGAAUAUCAUAAAAAUAUGAUUAAUUCCGGCAUACAUUAUUGGAAGGGACUGGAGGAAUAUCCAGAUCAUGUAAAGUUGCACUAUUGCGGUCCAAGAUUUGAUAGGAAUGUAACAGAGGGUACGACGCAUUUGUUGAGAUGCCCAUUUUCUGUGCACAAUGAAACUGGCAAAGUCGUUAUACCGUUCGAUUUAGCCGAAGUAGAAAAGUUUGAUCCGUCGGCCACUCCUACGACAAAACAGUUGAUUACCGAAAUUAAUAUUCUAAGGAGAAAUCGAUCGAUCGAAGGAGACGUAGGUUAUGCAAGUGAUUAUCACGAGACUAGUUUAAGGAAACCUAUGGAUAUUUUUCAAAGAUUUGUAAAACGAGUAAUACAGACGAAGUAAAAUUAUAAUCAAUAUUAAAUGAAAUUUAUCGUUAAACCGAUUGUGGAAUUUACUUAAAUGGAACUCGUACUUUUCCUGUGCAUUUCUAUUCGCCUUUAUUCCCGAAGUAUAUCGUCAUCGUUUUGCAGAGAUAUUUUCUCACGUGUCCUUAGGGUCCUUAAUGAUUGGUAAAGAUAAAGCAAAGAAUAGAUCAAUUAAAAGGUCUAUUCUUAAGGCUUUUAUUCUCAAAUGUGCAGUGUGAAUUUGCAUCAUCGUCGUUGGACGAUCACUUUUUGUUUUCAGCGUAUAGCAUAUAGCACAUGGCACAUACAUUAUUGGAUUAUAGCACUAGGAACGGCCAAGAUGGCAGGGACAACGAGAAAAAGUUUAUUGGAUGUGGUGGAAAAAAAUUUAAAGAUUAUUAACUAUAGUACAUACAUAACACGAUUCUCAUAUUUUGGAGAAUAUUUUCAUAGUUCGGAAGAAUUCCAAGAGGUUGCCUUAAAUGAUUAUUUGGCCCGAUAUACAUUGCUCAUAAAGACUCGUCAAACUUUGAAGAACUUUUUUUACCCUGCAUUUCCUACAGGUAAUGAAAAGGAUCGUCAAAGGACUGCACGGUAAUUUGAACGAAAAUCUCGUAACCGGUUUGUUACUCAUUUAUCCAAGAUUUUACAUACAUCUGUUGGAGGUACGUAAAAUUGUAAAGUUGUGUUAAACAAAACUGAACAAAAAAAAAAAAAAAGAAAAAAAAAGAAAAAAAAAGAAAAAAAAAGAAAAACAAAAGGAACAGCACAAUAAAAUCGCCAUAAGUUUGGCGUGUGUGAAGGUUAUUAAAAAAAGACUUGUGAAAGGAGA